AAAAAAAAAAAAAAAAAAAAAAAAAAAAAAAAAACAACCUAGAGAACAUUCAAGAGUUGGGCAGUUGACUUAAAGGCAUUGCUGGUAAAGGUCGUACAUUGGGCUAGCCUGUGGGUUCUUUUGCAUCAACUUUUUAUUUAUUUUUGGUUUUUUAAGACAGGGUUUCUCUGUGUAGCUUUGGAGCCUGUCCUGGAACUCUUGAACUCAGAGAUCUGCCUGCCUCUGCCUCCCGAGUGCUGGGACUAACGGUGUGCGCCACCACUGCCAGGUUGAAUCAACUAUUGUACACUGAUACUGCUGUACAAUGAAGGUUUUUCAGACCUCUGUGUUUCAUCCCUGACCUUCCUGUCUGACUAUCCCUAACUCCUGUUCUUUUUAGUUGCUCAUCUAGUCUGUUCUGUGAAUGUUUUGGUGGUUCAAUUAUGGAGCCCUUUCUCCCCUCUGUAGUUUGUUGGGCUAUUUGACCUUGGCACAAUCUAGUGCUGGAGGGAUUGAGGUCUGUUUAGAAUGCCCUAGGUGCCACUGCUUCAGCUGCUAACUGGCCUGCAAGCUGGGUAUAAAGCCAUAUCCCUGCUUCAGUUCCCAGGCUGGAUAUCCAGGUGUCCCGUGAAUUCGCUUCCUGGAGUUGCUGUAACUAAGUGCCAAAAACUGGUUGGACUAAAACUAGAGAUUAUUGUCUCUUGGGUCUGUCUCAUGGUUUAAUCAAGGUGCUUGCUGCUACAGCCACUGCAAGUACUGGGCAAAGGUGGCGCAAGUCUACAUCUGAUAACAUUCUGGCCUCGUUUAUGCAUUUUUAGACUUCAGCACACACAUUAAAUCCUCAGUGCAUGUUUCCAAACUUUCCCUUACAUGAAGACUAUAUUGGAUCAAAACUCAUCCGGAGCUUCCUUUUGCUGCUGUAAAGCCCAUAUUUCCAUCUGGGUGGUGGUACACGCUUUUAAUCCCAGCAGAGGUAGAGGCCAGCCUGGGUUACACAAAGACACCCUGUCACAGCAUCCUCCCCCCCCACCCCCCGCAAAAAAAAAGACCACAUUUCCAAAGGUCAUGAGUUACUUGGAGUUAACUUCAACAUUUAUUUUCGAUCCACAGGUGUAAAAACCUCGUCUCCCCAACACAAGAUUUUCUUGAGGGCUUCUGUCUUUGAGAUCAGUUUUUUCUUCCUUUCCCUAAGCCUUGCUUGCUCCCCGCACCUAGUAUGACGCUAUAGGUUUCCUGCGGUCCUCCUGUUGGUAGGGGGCGCAGUAUCUCCGUACCGGAAGUCUCUUUUCAGGGUCGGACGUGCCUGAGGAAAGCAGGCUGUUGCGCACGCGUUUUUGGGUUCUGGCUCGAUGGCGGGCAGCUGGUCGGGAACGAUGCAGGCUCUGCAGGCAGUGGACACUGAGUAUACUGCAGACUCCGUGGAGUGGUGCCCAGUAGAGGGUUGCCAGCACUUGCUGGUCUGUGGAACCUACCAGCUGCGAACGCCCGAGGACCAGCCUGCACUGGAUGUCAGCGAGCCUCAAGUUCGUUUAGGUCGUCUCUACCUGUACAGUUUCAAUGAGGACAACACGGCUAAACCUCUGGUUGAGGUCCAAAGAAGGGAUUCUUCUGCCAUCCUGGACAUGAAAUGGUGCCAUAUUCCGGUGUCUGGUCACAUACUUUUAGGCUUGGCAAAUGCCAAUGGGUCUGUAGAGCUGCUCCGCCUGAUGGAAUAUGAGAAGAACAGUUACACCCUACAACCAAUAUCCAGCCUUAUCCUGGAGGAGAGAUGUCUGUCCUUGUCCCUGGAUUGGUCAACUGGGAAACCUGGAAGAUACCCAAGAGGCCGUCUUGGAGGCAUGGUUGUAUGCUACCUGAGAAAGAUAUGGGGACUAGAAGAGGAUGGUUGUGAUGGUUCUUUUUGUAAUGCCAGCAUUCAGGAGGCUGAGGCAGGUGGAUUUCAAGUGGUCGGAGACCAACCCUUGAAGAUGAUUAGCAGUGAUUCUAAGGGGCAGCUGCACCUCCUGAUGCUGAGUGAGGGAGCAGCUGAAUUACAGCGAGUGGCUUCAUGGCCAGCCCAUCACUUUGAGGCAUGGAUCGCUGCUUUCAAUUACUGGCAGACAGAACUUGUGUAUUCAGGGGGAGAUGAUGGCCUUCUGAGAGGCUGGGACACUAGGAUGCUUGGCACACCUGUCUUCACUAGCAAAAGACACUCCAUGGGUGUGUGCAGCAUCCAGAGCAACCCCCACCAGGAACAUAUUCUGGCUACUGGCAGCUAUGAUGAGCAUGUUCUGCUGUGGGACACUCGGAACAUAAAGCAGCCAUUGGCAGAUGUGCCAGUGAAAGGAGGCGUGUGGAGGCUCAAGUGGCACCCAGUCCACCCCCACCUACUCCUGGCGGCCUGCAUGCACAAUGGCUUCAAGAUUCUCAACUGCCAGAAGGCCAUUGAGGAGAAACAGGAUGUGACUGUCUUAAUAUCGCAAGAAAUGCCGAACUCAUUAGUGUACGGAGCUGACUGGUCCUGGCUUCUUUUCCGUUCCAAGAAGCCCACACUCACCUGGUCCUUUGAUCAAAAUGGCAUGGGAGCGCAAGCAGCAGACCACUGCAGCCUGAAGGUUGCAGAGGGGCCACCAGCACCUUUCCAAGAACAAAUAGUGGACCACCAUGUGGAAGGCCCCACUAAAGCUCACCGCAGAGCUGAAUUGAACACUUCUCUCCUUCCAUUAACAGAAGACAUGAAAAGCUUCAGCCAGCUACACUGCUCUUCCAAGAUCUGUGAUCUCAGCCCCUUUAGUGGAGGGAAUUUUGACAGUAGCCUUCUGUCUACCUGCUCCUUUUACGACCAUGUUCUCCACCUCUGGAAGUGGGAGACAAAGUGAGCUUGAGGCUGCACUCUUUGCAUCCAUACUGGAUGUGACUUGAGUGCUGGCCUUUGAGAGUGGACUUUCUGAUUCUGUUUUGGCAGUGAAUGGGGUUUUUCAGCUCUACAACUAAGUGUCUUUGUAUAUUCUGACUUUCAGGCCUUCAUUUGUUUGUUUGUUUGUUUGUUUUUGUAGUUGUUGUUUGUUUUGUUUUUUUCAAGACAGGGUUUCUCUAUAUUGUUUUGGAGGUUGACCUGGAACUAGCUCUUGUAGACUAGGCUGGCCUUGAACUCACAGAGAUCUGCCUGCCUCUGCCUCUCGAGUGCUGGGAUUAAAGGCGUGCGCCACCAACGCCCGGCCUUCAGGCCUUUAUUUGUAUUUAAGUCCUUGUUUACAUUAAAUAACUUUUCUAAUUAUA